ACAUAAGCAAGUAUGUAUCCUACAAACUUUACAUUCGCAGAUUCAUAUCAGAUUUUUUAUUUUCUAGAGCUGAAAUUUCCCAGCAAGUAAUUCAGAGAGAGUGGACUGGUCGGAGUAAAUGGGGAAUUCUGGAGGUUUAGUGAAAUUGUCAGUAUGGAUAUAUAUUUGCGUGUUUGGGAUUGUUUUAAUAGGGGAACCUGGAGUUCAUGCCUGGAGCAAAGAGGGUCAUAUCAUGACAUGCCGGAUUGCACAGUCUCUUCUAGAGGACGAUGCAGCAGAAGCUGUGAGGAGUUUGCUACCUGACUACGUGAAUGGUGACUUAUCAGCCCUCUGUACUUGGCCUGACCAAAUUCGGCAUUGGUAUAAAUAUCGUUGGACUAGUUCUCUUCAUUUCAUCGAUACUCCUGAUAACGCUUGCACCUUUGAUUAUUCAAGAGACUGUCAUGAUCCACAUGGAACAAAGGAUAUGUGUGUAGCAGGUGCCAUACAGAAUUUCACAUCUCAGUUGAUGCACUACAAAGAAGGAUCCUCCGAUAGACGAUAUAAUAUGACCGAGGCCUUAUUAUUCUUAUCACAUUUUAUGGGAGAUAUUCAUCAGCCUUUGCAUGUAGGAUUUACAAGCGAUGAAGGUGGAAACACAAUACAGUUACGGUGGUAUAAACACAAAUCUAAUCUUCAUCAUGUUUGGGACAGGGAAAUUAUCCUUACAGCGGCAAAAGAAUUAUAUGACAACGAUGUGGAACUCUUUCAAGAAGACAUAGAAAAGAAUUUCACAAGUGGGAUCUGGUCUGAUGAUAUGUCAUCUUGGGGAGAAUGUGACGAUCUUUUCUCCUGCCCAAAGAAAUAUGCUGCAGAGAGCAUAAGCUUAGCUUGCAAGUGGGGUUACAAAGGUGUCACACCAGGAGAAACUCUAGCAGAAAAGUACUUCAGUUCAAGGCUGUCAAUUGUAGCCAAACGGAUUGCACAAGGUGGAGUCAGGUUAUCCAUGAUCUUGAACAGGGUAUUUGGCAACCACAAUCAGGCACUCUCAGCACCAACUUGAACAUAAACAAUAUUAACUCAAAAGAAACUCUAUUUAACUGUUUCAAAAACAGACACUGAUACAAUAAUACAUAUUGCUAUUUGUACAAGGCAGAUGUACAAUCUAUGCUAUUUACAACACAAUAUAUGAUGCUUUUUAGUGAGGGUUUCUCCUUACCUGGUUUGAGCAACCCAUGGUGUAGAACCUACUCUGGAUUACCAUAGGGCAGAUGUACAAUCUAUGCUUAAGUGCAAUUUAAUAAUUGGUAAUAAAAAUACACAUGAUGACA